AUGGCCUUUCUUAACGGCACGGGCAAGGAGACCCUGCUCUGCCUGUUUCGUGACUUUCGCGCGGAUAGUGCUGCAUCGCAUUCAAACAAUAAAGAUUCUGUUGUCGGUCUGGCCUUGGACUGGCUUACAAAUUCGCUCUACUUCUGUGUGGACGGUGAACAGCCGCGUCUGGAGGUGAUUGAUCUCAAGUAUCGUAUCUACACUGGAGCUGGGGGCUUUGGUGGCGGCGGUUCUCCGUUUGGUCGGACCUAUGCCCACGCCGCCACUGAUUUUGUUGCUGCUCAGCCGGGUGCAUCAACGCCGAAGUUGGGUAGGUAUCCACCUCAGUGGUACCGAUUGUCACGCCAGCGCCGGAGUGCACGGUCUCCUCGUAGUGCCCUGCCACUCUGGCUUCUCCGCUCCUCCAAGAGCACUAAUCCGAGUGGCCCACAAAAUGACUAUGAUCUCAACUCUGCAAGCUUCGAUUUAAACACCGCCGCAGACAGGAUUCCUGACUCGGUGGAUAACUAUCGUCUUGUGUUGCUUCACAAUCUCUCUUCCCCUCGGGAUCUGGUCGUUCAUCCACGGAAACGCUUUACUCAACUAAUUGGCGUCUAUUUUCCCACCCUGUGA